AUGCAAAAAUUACAUGAUUUUCCAUAAUGUUUAGAUCACAAAGAAAUUGCUUUAUUUUUAACAAAAUCAGAAUCUUAAUAAAAAGCAUUAAGACUUUGUCACAAAUGUGUAGUUGAUUAAUAGAAGAGUUUAAUUUUGAUAGAGGAUGCUAUAAAAUAGUUUGAAGAAAUAAAGUCUACGCUUUUGUAACAAGGAGAAUCGAUUAAUUUGUAGAACAUUAGCAUAUUAAAUGAUCUAAAGGAACAGCUUUCAAAUCUUUGCAAAAACAUAAAUGUUUUAAUUGACAAAAUCAACUAAAAUAUUGAUUCAUAAAUUGAAUUUAUUGAAUAAACCUCUUAAUCAUUUCAGAAGAUGAUAGGUGAUAUUUAGUUUGAUUAAAUAGAACUUAUCAACAAAGAUAAAAGUUCAUUUAUAAAAUAAUAGGUGAACUUUAGAGAAUUAUAAUAAUCACUUAUUACUUAAAUAGGGAAUUUAUUCUCAAGCCUAUGUAAAACAAAGCUUGAACAAUUAAUAUAAGGAAUGGAAGUGUUUGAACAGAAUGAGAUCAUAAACCAAUUUUUUGAUUUUGGAUUAUUGACAAAUCUCUAGAAAGAAUAAACCCCUAAUUGGAUUUGUGAAAAACAUUAACUAUAGAUAGCUUUCGUAGAUUUAUAAACAUAAAAGAGCAUUCCAAGUAGAGUGGCCUGUCUAAAAUGUGUUCCUGAAUAUGUUAUUCAAUAUACUGAUUUAGAUUAAAUGCAAGAACUUUGGCAAAGUUAUAAUGAAUAAGUUUUGGCUCUUUUCAAUAUAUAUCUAAGUAAUACUUAAAAAAAACAAUAAUAAGUAAUUCAUUAAUUGAAGGAAUCUAAAGAAGUUAUGAUUUAACUAUUUGAGCAAAUAAUAUAAUCUAUUUAAGAAAAAGGCUCACAAGGAAAUGAUGAACUUGAAUAGCAUCAUUAAUUGAUUUAAAAAGCUUGGUAGUAAUUAAGCAAAGAAGAUCUCAUAAAAAUUGCGAAUUUGCUUAGUCAAUAAAAUAGAAUCGCUCUUUUUAAUUAAAUUAUAGAGAAAGAAUUUUAAUCCAAAGAAUAAGCUAUUGACAAAUUGAUUAGUUCAUAAAUGUUGUAGUUCUAAAAUUUAAUUAAUUCUAGUUUGUCAUAAUUGCUUUCAAAGACAGCUAUUCAAGAUGGUAAAAAUCAGAUCAAUAAGAUUGAUGCUGAAACAUAAAUUCAAAAAUAAUUCUCAAUAAAUUAAUCAAUUGUCAAUCUUUAGGUUACUUAGAAUAAGUAAAAAAUUCUACAAUAAACUAAAAAAUCAUUCAGCUAUGAAUUGAUUUUCUAAUUGAGAGAAAGUAUUAAAUGCAGAUCAAUAAUAUUUAAUAAAGAUUAAUCUAUGAUGAUUGUCGGUUAAAGUAGUGGAAAUAUUAAAGUAUUUGAAUUUAAUUCUUAAAUUUUGAAAGAGACCUAAUAAGUUAAAGAGCAUAAGGAUUAGAUUAACUCUUUAGUUUUUAUGCUAAAUAGUUCUUAAUUUAUUUCUUGUAGUGAUGAUAAGUUGAUUAUAAUAUGGAGCAUGGAUAAUAAGAAAUAAUGGAAAGUUUUAUAAAAAUUAGAAGUUCAUACUGAUAAAAUUAAUUGUUUAAUCACAAAUAACUAAGAGGAUUGUAUAAUAUCUGGUAGUACAGAUAAGACAAUCAGAUUUUGGAUCAAAGAAAAUUAAUAGUGGAAGUUCAACCAGACAUUGUCAGAUCAUACUGACAAAGUCAGAUGUUUAGCAUUAAAUUUUUCAUAAAAUUAAUUAAUAUCAUGUGGAACGGAUAAAUUGCUAUUAAUCAUAUAAUAAAAUAAAAAUAAAUAAUGGAAUACAAUCUAAAAAAUACAGGUUGAAAAGUAUGGAUUUAGUUUAUGUUUUAUAUCCGAUACUAAAUUUACAUUCUAACCUGAAUCCUUGAAUGUAAUGCAUAUUUAUGAGUAGGAUUAAUCAAGCAAAUAAUUUAUAAAAAACAUACAAGAAGUAAGCAUUAAAUCAGGUGCAAAUUGUUCUGAGUUAUUCCCUUAAAAAUAUAUUAAAGAAAAAUAAAUUCUGCUAAAUAAGAAUGGAUGUUAUGUAAAUAUCAUUAGACAUAAGGAAAAUGGAGAAUUUCAAACCAUAUUUUAACUUGAAAAUAUGUGUGAUUGUUGCGGAUUAUUUGGAAGUAUUUCAAAUGAUGGGACUUAUCUAGUAACAUAUGAAAGUCAUAGCAGUGAGUUAAAAAUUAGAAAAUAUACAGAAAAUUGA